AUGCGAUCGCAAUUUAAAGACGAACACCCUUUUGAAAAGCGAAAGGCGGAGGCAAUGCGGAUCCGGUACAAGUUUGCGGACCGUAUCCCCGUGAUCUGUGAGAAAGUGGAGAAGUCUGACAUUCCAGAGGUAGAUAAGCGGAAGUACCUGGUUCCAUGCGACCUAACUGUGGGCCAGUUUGUGUACGUUAUCCGAAAGAGAAUUAAGAUCCCAUCUGAGAAAGCAAUUUUUAUAUUCAUUGACGACAUAUUACCACCAACAGCCGCUUUGAUGUCCAAGGUCUACGAAGAACAUAAAGAUGAGGACGGGUUUUUGUACGUUCUUUACAGCGGAGAAAACACGUUUGGAGAUAUUCCAGGUGUUGAGGAGAUUGAAUAA